GAUUAUUAUUUUUUCAGAGUUUGGCAUACUUCAAGCAAUCCACAAUCCCAUUUACGGAAGUUAUUCAGCAGUUUGGAGUUUGGUUGAUGCAAAAUCAGUUGUGGAUGGGUGCAGAACUUAAUCGAGCAGCAUUUGUAACAUGUGGAAAUUGGGAUUUGAAAACUAAGGUCCUUCAGCAAUGUGAAGUGUCAAAGAUAAAGCUUCCUCCAUAUUUUAUGGAGUGGGUUAAUCUCAAAGAUGUCUAUUUGAACUUUUAUGAUAGGAGGGCCACAGGAAUGGUUACAAUGAUGAAGGAACUGCAAAUACCAUUGAUGGGAAGUCAUCAUCUUGGCAUUGAUGACAGUAUGAACAUAGCAAGAGUACUGCAACGCAUGCUUCUUGAUGGUGCACUCAUUCAGGUUACUGCAAGGAGGAAUCCUAAUUCUCUUCAGAAAGUCAGUUUUCUUUUCAAGAACCGUAUUGUAUAAUCUCCUUUUCAAUGACCUGUUUAACUUUGUUUAAUACUUUUAAUCAUGUAAUUUAUUCAAUGAUCAGAUUAUGGAUUAUAGUUUCAUAACUCUAGUUCAUUCUUACUGACUCUUUGAACCCAGUUAGAUAAAAGAUGAACUAAAAAAAGAUUCUAGAAGCAAAUGUUACAUGUGUAUUACUUUAGUGAUUCCUAUGUCAUGAAGAAAAAUGCACAAAUGUCCGGUUAUAAUGCAUGUGCAACGUAUCAAGAUUUAGUUGAUUUUAUAUAUCUCUUUUGUAUUUUUGAAAUGGAUGGAUUGAAUAAA